UGAUGAGCAUAAAGAAGAGACCCCCACAGGCUUCUUUUUCCAAGGAUGAUAAUGAAUCGAUGGUGAUGAUGAUGUUGAUGGAUCCACUAUCGCCGUCGCUCACCCCUGUAGCAUUAUAUAUACUCAGUCGAACGAAAUCUACCGAGUGAAAUGGAAGGCAAAGGGCGAGUUGGGUCUUCCUCUUCUUCGUUCACCGCUGAACUUUUCGGCACCAAAGACCCUCAGCCUCCGUCUUCUUCUGGAGCCUUCGCCUCCAUUUUCCCCCCUCCAUCGAAGACCGGAGCAAGAAACAGUCCAACCUCCAACCAUGGCUCUUCAGGCGGGCGUACAGAAUAUGUGAACAUGCCGAGCAGAGAGAGCAACCCACCAUGUCAUCUAAGUUCAUCGCUUCACUACGGUGGCCAAGAAGUAUAUUCCCCCACAACAAACCAAACAUACCACCAUCCAGUCAAGGAUCAUCGUGGAGAAGUCGAGAAUGGAAACAAUUCACAGGACGCAUACAGGGGCAAUUGGUGGCAAGGUUCGCUUUAUUAUUAGACAGCCCGCCCUGUGUCUGGAUAUUCUGAACGUGUAAAUGGGAAGCCAACUGUGUAACCUUCUAAGGAUUUGUGUAAUCUUCUAGUGGUGAAUCUUGACUCAAGCUCCCCUGUAUAAGCUGAUGCUUUUGUCAUGUUAGAAAUCUGAUCCGGGUCUGUUCAUGAUUUUGUUGUCUGUUCAUCAAUAGAAUCUUUGUUCCGAAAAACAAAAAGUAUCACCAUGAUUCUCUUGUUUCAUUUUA